CGUGCUCUUUAUUCUUUGAAUGCAAUCGUUUUAUCUAUUGGAAUUGGGGUUCUGACCGUGGUUAUAAUAAUCUAUUGCUUGAGGAGAAAGUUCCCUUAUUUAUGGAAGAAGGAAAGUGUAUCACACCAAAAUAUCGAGAACUUUCUAAGGAACGUUGGACCUCUUGUUAUAAGAAGAUAUAGUUAUUCAGAUAUCAAGAAAAUGACCAGCCUUUUCAAAGAAAAAUUGGGGCAAGGAGGCUAUGGUAGUGUCUACAAGGGUAAGCAACAAGAUGUUCGUCUUGUGGCGGUGAAGGUUUUGAAAGAAUCAAGAGAAAAUGGAGAGGAAUUCGUUAAUGAGGUUGCAAGCAUUAGUAGGACCUCCCAUGUCAACGUUGUCACUCUUCUGGGCUUUUGUUUUGAGGGUUCCAAACGAGCACUCGUUUAUGAGUUUAUGCCUAAUGGAUCACUUGAGAAGUUUAUAUACAAAGAAAAUCCUUCAAAGGCUGAUCAUCAGUUGGAGUGGAAAACAUUAUACAAGAUUGCAGUUGGGAUAGCUCGAGGACUAGUGUACUUGCAUAGAGGUUGCAAUGCACGAAUCUUGCAUUUUGAUAUAAAACCUCACAACAUUCUUUUAGACAAGAACUACCAUCCAGAGAUAUCUGAUUUUGGUCUUGCAAAGAUAUGUUCAAGAGAUGAGAGUAUUAUAUCUAUGCUGGGCACCAGAGGGACUGUAGGAUAUAUAGCUCCAGAACUAUUUAGUAGAAAUUUUGGAGGGAUCUCUCACAAGUCAGAUGUUUAUAGUUACGGAAUGAUGGUUUUAGAAAUUGUUGGGGGUAGAAAGAAUAUAGAUAUCGAGGGUGAUCGUACUAGUGAAACAUACUUUCCUCAUUGGAUUUACAAGCGCCUUGACCUAGAUGAAGAACUAAGCCUGCAGAGCCUCGUGAUGAAUCAUGAAGAGGAUCGUGAAAGUGCAAAGAAGAUGAUAAUUGUGGGUUUGUGGUGCAUACAAAUCGACCCUUCAAACCGGCCAACAAUGGGCAGAUCAGUUGUGGAUAAUUUGGAAGGGAGUUCUGAGUACUUGGAAAUCCCACCCAAGCCUUUCUUGACCUCCCCGUCAAGAUCACCUCAAAUAAAAUUGCCAUUUGAUUCUUCCACGACAAUGGAUGUCUUACGGUCUGAAUCUAUAGGAUGUUCCUAGAGAAUGAUACUUUCCUUGAAAUUGAAUUCUCAAUUUAGGGCAGUCAUAUAUUACAUGAUGAGAUUUUGAAUGUCGUCUACUUGCAUGAUCAUAAUCCUUGGAUCCUUUCCACAUCUUAUAGAAUGAUAUGUUGGUAGUCUAUGGAUACGAAACUAGUAAUUAAUAUAUCAUUUUUUUUCUUUCU